UCCCAAAACGUCGUUGAGACUGCACACUCUACAGCCUGUAAGGGCACUGAAAAAUCUCAAAGAACCCGACAAUCUGAUAUAAUUCCAAGCACUCCCAUGUGCUCUUCUUCUUCUUCUUCUUCUUCUUCUUCUUCUUCUUCUUCUCUUUUGAUUACUUCACCAACCCGGCUUCCUGCUCCGUGUUUCUGUGCAGUUUCGUGAUCUUCCUCUCUCUUUGGGGUUCUCCAUUAAGAGAAGCUUAAUUGGUUAUUGGGGUUCAGGUUUCCAUCAUGUGGGAGUUGGAGAGCGAAUCAGCUGGACAGAGGAAGUACACAAAUGGAGUCGUAAUUUCAAACAAACAUGGAGUCCAGACUAAUGGAUUUGAACGAAGAGAUCAGUCAUGGUUUGUUGCAACAGAUAUUCCGAGUGACCUUCUGGUUCAUGUCGAAGAUGUUAGUUUCUACUUACACAAGUAUCCCCUGCUUUUGCGGUGUGGAAGGAUGAGCAGAAUCAUAUAUCAGUUGGAAGAUGGGAAUACCAACAAGAUAGUCUUGGACGAUCUUCCAGGAGGUGCUGAUGCAUUUGAACUGGUAGCCAAAUUCUGCUAUGGGAUUGCUGUUGAUCUCACUGCCACCAACAUCUCUGGUCUGAGAUGCGCUGCAGAGUACCUUGAGAUGACAGAGGAUUUGGAAGAAGGCAACCUUAUAUUCAAGACUGAAGCCUUUCUCAGCUACGUAGUCUUGUCGUCAUGGAGAGAUUCCAUUCUAGUACUAAAAAGCAGUGAGCAGCUGUCCCCAUGGGCAGAAAACCUGCAAAUUGUUCGUAGAUGCAGCGAAUCCAUUGCUUGGAAGGCCUGUGCAAACCCAAAAGAUAUCAAAUGGGCAUACACAGGGAAACCUACACAUAUCUCCUCCAGCCCAAAAUGGAAUGAGAUGAAGGAAUCAAGCCCCAGUAAGAAUCAACAGGUCCCUCCAGAUUGGUGGUUUGAGGAUGUCUCAAUCCUCAGGAUCGACCACUUCGUCAGGGUUAUUACAGCAAUCAAGGUUAAAGGAAUGAGGUUUGAGUUGAUCGGAGCAGCAAUUAUGCACUAUGCAUCAAAAUGGCUUCCGGGCUUGAGCUUGACAAAAGAAGGUACUGGAGAGGAAGGUAGCAGCGGCAAAGACAGUAAUAGCAGUAGCAGUAUUAGUAGCUGGAUAGGUGGACUGCACAUGGUCGUGUCUGCAGGCACAAAAGAAGAGCAAAGGAAUUCUCAAAUCAAAGAGCAACGGUUGAUUGUGGAGAGCCUGAUAAGCGUAAUUCCUCCACAGAAGGAUAGUGUCUCCUGCAGUUUCCUUCUGCAGCUUCUGAGAAUGGCAAACAUGUUGAAGGUUGCUCCUGCUCUCGUCACUGAGUUAGAGAAACGGGUGGGAAUGCAAUUCGAACAGGCUACUUUGUCAGACCUUCUCAUUCCUUCUUACAACGGUGAGACCCUAUACGAUGUGGAUCUUGUUCAAAGGCUUCUGGAGCAUUUUCUGGUUCAGGAACAGAUGGAACACUCUAGUCCAGGCGAAUCAUUUUCCGAGAAGAACGGAUUUGAAGGAAUGCCUAGGAAUAAUGUUCCUAAUGCAAAGACGAGAGUGGCCAAACUUGUGGACAGCUAUCUUACAGAGGUGUCUAGAGACAGAAACCUCUCCCUGACGAAGUUCCAGGUCUUGGCAGAGGCCUUACCAGAAUCGGCAAGAACCUGCGAUGAUGGGCUGUACCGAGCAGUGGAUUCCUACCUUAAGGCUCACCCAACGCUCUCAGAGCAUGAAAGGAAGCGACUCUGUCGCGUGAUGGACUGCCAGAAACUUUCUAUGGAUGCCUGCAUGCAUGCUGCCCAAAAUGAAAGGCUCCCGUUGAGAGUGGUGGUGCAAGUACUCUUCUCUGAACAGGUAAAGAUAAGCAAUGCCAUAGCCAAUAGCACCCUGAACCUGAAGGAAAGUGGGGGUGAAGCUCAACAUUAUCAGCCCAUGGUCUCGACUAGAAAAGCUUUGCUGGAGGGGACCCCUCAGUCCUUCCAGGAGGGAUGGGCAACAGAAAAGAAGGAUAUCAACACACUUAAGUUCGAGCUUGAGAGCAUGAAGGCCAAGUACCUUGAACUACAAAAUGACAUGGAUAGCUUGCAGAGACAGUUUGAUAAGAUGUCAAACAAGAAACAUUCAUCAGCAUGGACUAAUGGGUGGAAGAAGCUCAGCAGGUUCACAAAGAUGACAUCUUCAGAGAUCCAGGAUGCUGGAUCCCAAAUACAAGCCUCUUCUGAACAGACAAGGAAGGGACCCAGAAGGUGGAGGAAUUCUAUUUCCUGAUCGAGCAAUGAGAAAUAUUAUUGAACGAAGCAUACAGAAAAUGACGCCAUUUACGUUUCAUUUAA